GAAGAAAACCAUAAAAUUUACAUUUUUUAUGGGCAAAAAACUGCAAUAGAAAAACCAAACUCAAUACACAGGUAGCAGGUUGGCAGACUGAAAGAAAAAUAUACAACAACUGCACACAUACAAAAAUAAGUAAAAAAGGGUUCUAAAAUGGACCACAGUAGCCGUAGUCAUAUUUACAUUGAUUUAUCAUCCUCCGACGAGGAUGAGGAAGAUGAAUUCUCCUUGGCUGAAACUUCUGACACCGACGAAGAGGAUGAUCAUAUGCGUAGAGGUCCUAAUAGAUAUUCCCAUAAUAAUAGAUUGGGGGAAGAGACGAAAAAAUUUCCACCACAAGAAAAUUUGGCAAAUAAGCUAAUGAAACGAGAAUAUAUGGGCAAUAGCCGGAGGACAAAGUCUUUUUUCGCUAAUGUGCCAACUAGAUUAUCAUUUUGUCUUAAGGAUUUAAUACCACCAAAUUUUAUACAAGGGCAAGUGUUUAUGGGUCUUUCUGCGUGUGGCCAAUUUUUGUUAAGCUACAAAUUCUGCAGCAGUGAGAAUGCUUCGCUCAGCCAUUACUCUUUCAGUAUGCGCUUUAAGUACACUUUAUUUUUCUGGAUUUAUCAACCCUUUAAGCCGCUGCGCAAUUUUUACAAAUGCUGCCUUUUCGAUGAUCAUGGCGUUGACAAUAUGAAAAAAGUCAGCAUGAUACAGUGGAAAAAUUGUGAUCCUCGCAUUUUAAUUGUCCAUGGUGCUUCCGAAGAUGAACAUGAAGACUCCUAUAUAACUUAUGUAAAAGUUCCUAAAUUGGGCUGUUUAGAUUGCAAAAAACUAAGAGAAUUCGAAGAGGAUGAUGGGUAUUUCAGACGACAUAUCCUCUGCCUCAAAUGUAAUUUAACUAUACAUACGAAAUAUUCAACUACAGAUUCCGAUCGUAAAUUUGAACCAAAUAUACAUUUAAUCUGUCCCGAGCGCAUUUUAUUAAACUCUAAUGGGUUUUUUCAUAUGUUGCACAUACGCUUGGAACAAGCACCCAGGGAACAGCAAAAACAACAGCAACAAAGUGCAAUAAAUCAGCAUCAAAACUCAUUAAGUCAUUUAAUGCAGAGACCUCUCAAUACAGGGGACAAUUGUAACAGCAAUAUUAACAAUAAUAAUAUGGCUACAUCUUCUAAUAUUGAUGUACCACCAGAAAGAUGUACUCCCAUAUCGGAUCUAACCGAUACCUUUAGCAUAGAUAGUCAAUCAACAAACUCACAAACUAAUGUGGUCGCUCGCAUAAUUGAAGAUUUCGCCGAUGUCGAAACUGAUUCAACACACUCUGGCAGUGGUGUUAUAAGCAUUUCACAAUUGGCCAAUAGUCUGAGAUCAUCGGGCUCCAGUCAAAAUGAUUCACCCAUAUCAGUGUCAAGGAAAUCUUGCGAAGAAUUGAUAUUUAAUUGCAAUACAAAUAGUACUAGUCGUUUAAAUGCCAUGUCACCAGCAGCCAUAAAUAGUGCCACCACCUCUACAACGUCAUCAAUUUGUGUUAGUGGUGCUGCAGCGGUUGUAACAGCUACAAAUAGUAAUACAGUGGUGGCUGGGACAGUAGCUGGUGUAAAUAAGAAUAAUAGCUCACUUAUGCAAAAAGGACCCCGCCAAAGACAUCGCAUAGUUACUAAAUCUUUUCGCAAGGGAGUUUCCAUAUUCUUUUCCUCUGCUGGGCUAAAAGCUAAUAUUACCUCACCCAAUACCUCAACUUCCUCUAAUGGUGGCAGUAAUACAUCUAAUAACAGCAAUAACGAUAGAGCCGCUGCCUAUGAAUUUUCGGAAGAGAAUGAAAAGUGUGAAAAGAUUUCCAUAUUGCGCAAACGUAGAUUAGCUGAUCGUAAAUAUGAAUUUUCCGAAGAUAAUUCAGAAAAUAUUAUACCCUUUACCAAGACUCGAACUUCCAAUACAUUCAGUUCCUUUUUGAGUAACACCAACACGGGCAGUCACUCGCCCCGCCACAAUCUAACACAUUUGCAUAGUAUCUCUCCCUAUGCCUCGCCCUCAUCGUCGCCACACACUCAUCAUCCCACAGCGGCUGCUUUAUCGCCUUUACAUCGUACUUGCACCUCGCCAUUGGGUUUUAGAUCUCCGCCAUCAACUUCAGGCCUAGUAACACAAUCAAGUGGCGGUGUUGCCGGUAGUAGUGUAAUGCGUUCACCCAGUCGCCAUCUGGUAGCCAAUCAUUUCUAUAACAAUCAAAAAUCUCCACCACAUAAUUUCGCCCACACUCUGUCACCUGCUACGCAAUACAUGUUAAGUUUUAAACCACAUGGCACCCUCUCGCCUCUGCAGUUAUCCAUGACAAAGCGAUCACAUCUGGAGGUGGGCGGUUCCCUGUCGCCAAAUCAUCAGCUAUCGGUGUUUUUGUCGCCACGCAGGGAUGAAUAUCGUUCAGUGGUGGAGGUGCCACUGCAGGGCGGUGCCAUGUCGGAAAAGCCUGUGUGUACAAAGAAGUUUUUAAGACGUUUUGUCGAAGAAGAUGAUGCCGCCUCGAUUAUAACAAGUGUUGAAGAUGAUUGCAUUUCCCCCGGCUAUCACAUACUAUUGCCCAUGGAGGUACAUGGCUCCUGCUACUCGGAAAUGCAAAUGAUUUCGAAAGCUUCCUACCAACAGCUGCGCUGUUCUAGUGUGGUUAUAGAGCAGCAUUCAUUUGAUAUGGAAACCUUUACCUACUAUGCCAUCAGUACAUUGUGCCAGAAGAACCAGAAGACCUAUGAUUUCUUUUAUGACUGGGCCUAUGAACUGAUAAAUGUCUGUCCUAUAUCUCUUACGGUAUUUUGUAUUUUAAUGGCCCACUUUUCGGCCCGUGAAGAAGUAUCCUCCUGCUUGAAUUGCUCACGCAAACUUAGUUGUGCUUUUCAUAGGCGCGAAUAUGAAUGUCGUGUUUUGUUCACCUGGAAUAUGCUGACUGGUGAAUGGGAUAUUUUGGAUUUUGGUGAACUUCAAGACUACAACCAUUACAAAUACAGUCCAAAAGGUAAUUUCUCACCCAAUGUUACACUGCAACAAAGGGCGAAAAAGUUGGCCCGUGAAAUGGCCCAGACUCUGCACAAACUACCAGAUUAUACCAGCAACCUAAGAAUACUUGAAUCGAAUGUUAAGAAAUCUAUGAAAUCUGUAACCGAUAUUGAUAAUAUGAUUGAAUUCUCUUUGAAAAAACGGCCUCAAACAUUGGAUUAAUUGUAAUUUGCCAAGCUUUACUCAUCUUUAAAAAAACAAACAAACAGAGGAAACCUACAAAACUAAAUGAUAUUUUUCUAAGCCAUCAAAUAAUACAUAUAUUAGAACUAUUAAAGAAGUUUAAGUUUUAGCAUUUACUGCUAUUUUUUAUGACUUCUAUUACAUCAUGAUAUUAUUUAGCUGUUCGCUUAAACAAGUUAAUUUUUCCAUAUUUUUUUUUAAUUUGUUUUAUGUUUUAAUUUUAACUAUUUUAGUUACUAAUUUAUGCAAACAAAUUAUGUUUUGUUUCAAUUUUUUAUUUUUUUUGUUUUAAACAUUAAUUUUAGUCUUUGUUUUUAAAAUUUUUCAGUGGAAUAAUAUUAAAUAUAAUUUAUGAUUUAAUUUAUCUAAGAAAUUUAUCUAAAAUACAACGAGUGAGAUAUUCCUAUAAUUUAAUUUAAAUGAAA